GCGCUCUGAUGAUAUUCACUGAAUUCUUUCACUCACUCACUUGGGCCCAAAAAAAAAACAUGGUUGCCGCUGCAGCUUGGCGGCUGUUCUUAUUCUUCCUCGUCACUGCCUAUAAUCUGGAGUGUACAGAGAGUGCCAACAGAUUUCACCCAGCUGUCAAGUUGUUCAGGAAGACAAAUGGAAAGGUUGUGAUGGACAAUGGCAUCGUUCGAAUAACGUUCCUGCGACCAGCCGGUGACGUUACCGAGAUUCAAUACAAUGGAGUUGAGAAUGUGCUUGAAACCCAUAAUGGAGAAUGUAACAGAGCGUACUGGGACGUAGUCUGGAAUAGACCAGGGGAGCAUAUUCGACUUGACAGAUUGAGAGGGACUAAGUUUAGUAUCGUAGGGAAGGACAAAAACCAGAUAGAAAUUUCCUUCUCCAGAAAAUGGCAGCACUCCGCCUGGAACUCCACAGUUCCCUUAAACGUCGACAAAAGGUACAUCCUCCGUCGUGGCAGUGCCGGAUUUUACACCUAUACCAUACUAGAAAGACCAGAAGGAUGGCCGGAUUUCGAAAUGGACCAAGUCAGGAUAGUUCUGAAGCCUGAUAGUGAGAUGUUUCAUUUCAUGGCGAUAUCGAAUAAGAUUCAGCGGGUUAUGCCCACAGCAGAAGAUCGCAAGCUUGGCAGGCAGUUGGCGUACUCUGAAGCGGUUCUCCUGACACAUCCCGGCAACCCAGCACUCAAAGGAGAGGUUGAUGAUAAGUACGAAUACUCGAUCGAGAAUAGAGACGACAAGGUCCAUGGCUGGAUGUCAAAGAAGCUGGGAGUUGGAAUGUGGGUGAUUAGCCCAAGUGAUGAAUAUGUUGCUGGAGGGCCUCUGAAGCAGGACCUCACUUCUCACGUUGGUCCAAUUCUACUCUCUAUGUUCACUAGCACUCACUAUACCGGAAAGGAUUUGAACACCCGGUAUCGAGAUGGGAAGCCUUGGAGGAAGGUUUACGGUCCUGUGUUUGUCUAUCUCAACUCUGUUUCAGGGCGACCUAGAAGAAGUUACAGAAAGCUCUGGCGGGACGCCAAAUCUCAAAUGAAGAAAGAAGUCAGAAAAUGGCCGUAUGGUUUUCUGCAAUCGGAGCACUUCCCUUGUGCAGAUCAAAGGGGAAGUGUUGCAGGUCAAUUGCUAGUCGGCGACAAGUAUGUCAACCAGACGUUGAUGACAGCCAACAAUGCUUAUGUGGGGCUAGCAGCACCAGGAAAAGCCGGAUCCUGGCAGACUGACGCCAAGGGCUACCAGUUCUGGACUCGAGCAAACGAAGAAGGUUAUUUCCUGAUAAAAAAUGUUAGGCCAGGAAACUAUAACCUAUAUGCCUUUGUUCCUGGCAUCAUCGGUGAUUACAAGUUUGAAGCUAAUAUCACCAUCAAACCAGGAUCGGAGACCGACUUGGGUGCAAUUGUGUACCACCCACCAAGAAAUGGUCCUACUCUUUGGGAAAUUGGGGUUCCUGACAGAACAGCUUCAGAAUUCUUCGUCCCUGAUCCUAAACCCUUCCUCACCAACAAGUUGUACACACAUAUUUUGUCCGACAAGUUCAGACAAUAUGGAUUGUGGGAUAGGUACACAGAACUGUACCCACACCACGAUCUGGUUUACAGAAUCGGCAGUAGCAAAUGCCAUGAGGAUUGGUUCUUCGCUCACGUUCCGAGGAAAACUGGGAACAAGACAUAUACAGCGGCAACCUGGCAGAUCGUUUUCAAACUGAGGAAACCGAGCUUCGCUGGAAACUACACUCUGCAUCUGGCGCUUGCAUCUGCCCAUGCCUCUGAACUACAGGUUCAUUUCAACGAUAAGAGUGUGAAGAAGCCGCAUUUCUCAACUGGGUUGAUCGGGAAGGACAAUGCCGUUGCCAGACAUGGAAUUCAUGGGCUGUACAGGCUGUACAGCAUUCCUGUACCGCGACAGCUUCUCAGGAGAGGGAGCAAUAGGAUAUAUCUGACUCAGUCGCGAAGUAACGACGCUUUCAGGGGAAUCAUGUAUGAUUAUGUUCGUUUCGAAGGGCCUCGUGAAUUGCUAGUAGAUAGAGAGGGAUGAUGACAGGAACAUGCUUCAAAGUAUAUGCAUUAAGUAUACUAACACCCUCGCGCCCAUUGGCAUUAGUGUUAUGUAGUCCAUCAGUUAAUUUAACCAAAUGCUAUUUUUAUAGGAAUUGAAACUUUUUAAUGUUUCGAAGAACAACAUGAAAAAUAAACAUGCAAUUAAGUGAUUUGCUUAGAUCAGAAAGAGGGAAAGAUGGAAAAGGAAGGAAGAAAGAUGCAGGAAGACGAAAUGAAAACUCAGACACAAUAGCAAUUAGCAAGACUAUUCCGUAUCUGGCUUCGUUGUAAAUGUUUCAUACGAAUGCGCUUGAAACCUUCAAAGCCCAAAACUACUCUACUAAAACAAAUAAACCAGAUUUAAGGCAAGAAGUGAUGGGCUAAGUCACACAGCCCAACCAAAUCGAUUUAAAUGAAUAGACCCAAAGAUGGGAUUUAGACGUUGUAAAACUUGAUAAACGUGAAAAGUAGAAGACACUUUGAUUUACGAUGGUUUGUGUCGAUCGGUGUGAUCGAUAUUACUCCAUGGAAAACUAUUUCAAGUUUUAUUAUACUGCAGUUCUUAGUGCUGCAGCUCUUGCUUUGCUACUGUUACUAAAACCCUUAUAUAUACACCGUUUGGGACCGGAUCGAAAACCGGAGAAAGACCGGAUAAAAGAGUCCAACACCCAAAACUUAACUAACUACUCACCCUUUGAGUCCUCAGGCCACUCAAAUCCUCACAAGAUCAAUCUAAAAUCAAGACCUAAUUGGGACCGGAUUGGAUCAAGACUUAGACUGUAUCCAGUCCAAUUUUUGGUCCUUAUAUUCCCGAAAAGACCGGACGGGGACCGGAUCAAUUUGGGCCAAUUUAACCGGAUCGGACCGUAUAACCACCCCUAUGAAUGGGAAUGAAAAUGGAAGGAGCCAAGAGAUCUUGAAAUACCAUAUUAGUUAUAUAUGGCAAGGAGGUCUUGGAUUAGGUCAAUUGAUUUGAUUAAAUCUUUUGGUAAUUGUUCAAAUUGGUUUGGGUAACCAAACCGAUUUGAACAUAAUCGAAGUGGCGAUUGGAGUGAACCAACAAGUCGAACUACAUGGGCCAAACCGAUGCAAUGGUUCAUAAUUUUAAAAUAAACCGAUGUGUUGUUUGGGGGUGUAAGCUAUAGGUGUCAAAACAUAGCCCGACCCGAUUAACCCGCCCGAUCAACCCGACCCACAACCCGACCGCAACCCGAAUUGACUAAAAGUCAACAACCCGAAACCCGCCCGACCCGAAACCCGAUUGACCCGCAACCCGACUAACCCGCAACCCGACUGACCCGCAACCCGAUUAACCCGAACCCGAUUGACCCGCAACCCGACUGACCCGCCACCCGAUUAACCCGAACCCGAUUGACCCGAACUCGACUAACCCGUAACCCGACCGACUCAACCCGAACUUCACUUAGUCCACUUAAAUAAUUAUUAUAAUAUACAAUACAUAGUUUUUCAAAAUAAAGUUUUCAUUCUAAACUUAGGUAAAAUUAUUUUUUCAUUUUAUAUAGGGAAUUUAAAAAAUAUGAAACUCACUUGAUAUUAUGUAUUUUAAGAAAAUUACAAAAAUUGAAACAUGAAGGUUACUUGAACACUAAGUUCUUUAAUAAAAUUUAAAAAGUAAAUAUAAAAUCAACAUAAUGUCAAUAUUAAUGAUGAAGAAGUAAUAAUUGAGAUCAUGAACAAUAUUAAUAUAAUAUAUAAAUUAAAAUUUUGGUUAAUUCAACUAUUCAAUAAAAUUAUCAAUUAAAU